AUGACGUUCCGCGAGAAGGUCAAGCGGGUGUUCCGCUCAAACUCCAACUCCAAAUCCAAAAACGAUGGAAAGCCCAAAAUCGAUGGAAAGCCCAAAAUCGAAUACUACAGACGAUCCGAGUGCCCUCCUUCUAAAUUCCGCGGUCCAUUCGACCGUGACCAUCAAAAGAGCCUAGCCGCCUGGUCUUUCGCCGGUGCAACAGUCGAACGAUCUCGUUCAUUCGAAGUAUCCCUGUCACCUCUUGACAUUGAUGAGGGUUACGGCGGUUACUCCCGACCCUCCAAUACGGACGACUCGGUGUCUCCGGAUAAUGCAGUCGAUGUCGAUCCAGUCUCCUCCAAUCAAGAGAUACUGGCUGAAUCCUCGCCACGCGGUGCUGACUCCGGCGGCUCUCAGUCCUCCACUAUCAUCAACCCCUCCAGCUAUAGUGGCUCAAUGAUGACCCUUAUAAACGAGGGUUCCAUCUAUGAGAUCCCGGAGGAUUCCAAGGACUCGAAGUUCUUCCUCAAGGAGUCAGUUCGCUACUCGUCGCCCCUCGUCCGUGCCAUCUCGCCCGCUAUGUCCCCGUGCGUGAUCUCCGCCCGAAAGCACCUGCCUUUCGCCCCCGAGGACCUCACUCGCGCCUUGGCCGCCGUACAGGUCUGCUCUUGA